AUGUCUUAUAGGCCCAGGUCAGGUUCAAGGUCGCGGUCACGGUCACCUGAAUAUCGACAACGACGAUAUUCACCUUCUAGACCAUUAUCACCUAUGAGAAGUGAGAUACCUCCACCCAGACGAUAUGAUAAUGAGAGAUACCCAACGUCAAGAGGAGGUAGAUCCCCUCCUCCCCCUCCUAGGAGAUACGAUCAUGAUGAGCCGCCACGAAGGGGUCAUGAAGAAUAUCCAUAUUCUACUCAAUCAAGAAGGUAUGAAGAGGACAGAUAUGAUGAAGAACGAUAUGUACCUCCCCCAAGACAAAGAUAUGACGAUAGAUCAGGAGGAGACUAUGGAUCAGCAUCAGGAAUGAUAGCUGACAGAGAAGAUACUGCAAGGCCCAGAAGAGAUUAUACUAAUCAAAGAGGUGAACCGCAUUGGGAAAGAGGACGAGAUAUCGACGAAUUGGCAAACGAGAAAUAUCAAUCGGGCGAUGAUUAUCGACCUAAAAGAGGUGGUAAAGGACCUUCUGAACCUUCAAGAGAUGUAAUCUUUUUAGGUCUAGAUCCAGAACUUACAGAACAGGAUUUCUCAGGAUAUUUGAGAUCAGAACAUAACGCGGUGUUGGAAAGUGUCAAGAUUGUUAAAGACAAAUUCACUGGACAUUCGAAAUGUUUUGGCUUUGCUCAAUUCAAGACAUUGGACGGAGCGGAAGAAUUCGUUAAUAUCAAUUAUCCAGCAGUACUUAUGCCCGCAUUAUAUGCCCAUUCUGAUCCGCGAAAAGUCAAAAUCGAUUAUUCCGCUACCCAAGCGCCGGUCAAUACUGGACAUUCACAUGAGGGCCCAUCACACACUUUCGUCCAUCAACCUCAAUACGUUCGACCUGCUCAUGAUGGUAUGAAAGAUAUAGGUGUUUUUGGCGGAGGAAAAAGAGUCAUCCUUCUUCGUGGAUUAGAUGCCAAUACGACUGCCUCAGAUGUUACUACUCGUAUAAGUCAAGAGAUAGCAAGAAUGAUGGGCAGAGUAGGCAGAGAAUUAGCUGCUGAGAGUACGAUAGUUAGAGUUAUCUUGAUCGUCGAUAGGAAUGUCAGAAGUAGUUGGGGUUAUGGAUUCGUCGAACUUGCUACCGCUGAGCUGGCUGCCGCUUUGGUCCCCUUCCUACUGGCGCCUCAACAUCAACCGAAUGGAUUCAUCAUCAAUUACGUUCCAGUAGCUGCAUGUUUCGCUAAUCCUGCUGCUUUCAUCCCGACUUCUGCAGGGCCGCUCGGAGGAGAAUUCGUUCUUCGACCUUCGAGGAAUGGGGGGAUCGCUAGUGAUACCAUCGACAAUCCAGAAGGACAAUGGUGUGCAUAUUGGCAUCAAGCUGGAGGAGCAGUAGAAACAGUGACUAGAGGAGCACCGCAGAUCGGUGAAGAUGGUGUCGUGCAACUCACACCUGAUCAUCGAACUUUCCUCGGUACACUUGCUGGUAUACCUCCGCAGACAAAAGCAGCGCAACCCUCCGAUCAAAACCAGGGUGCUAUGGGACCGAUCAGCAUGGCCGGAGGGUUACAGCCCAUCAAGAUCGGCACAGCAGGUCCUAAAGGGAAGAAAAAGGAGGAUCUGGCGUCAAUCAUCCCAAUAAUAGGGAAAAAUGUAUUAGGCGAUGAAGAAGAAGUGGACAUGGUAGGGAAAGAUUCGGUCUUGCUCUCUAGGAGUAAAGGAGUUUACAUCAUCCCACCAACAUCAACUAGUCGGAAGAUUGCGAAAAACAUCAAUAAAUGGAAUACUAAACAAACCGAACUCGCCGCUCCGGAGCCUAUGAUGGGUCCGAACGCACCUCCAAGAGGCAUUUCGGAUGUCAAUACCACUUUAGGAGUUCGUAGACCAGCAAAUAUCGCCACAGGAGAACAAGGCGCUUCACCAAAUGUAUCUGCCGUUGCUGGACCAUCGAAAUCACCUCAAAGUCCCGCGCCGGUCACGCACGAUUUCGAUUAUACUGAUGUCUCGACGCUGGCUGCCACUGGGAAAGUCGCUUGUCUGCUAUGUCAACGACAAUUCAAGACUGAAGAGAUAUUGAAGAAACAUACCAACCAAUCGGAUCUUCAUAAGACGAAUCUGGCCGAUGUCAACGUAAGGGAAGCAGGUAUGCGUCGCAAGGCUGGUAUCUCGUCCAGCGAUUCUCCUUCUGCUGCAGAAGCUUCGCAACCGAAGUACCGAGAUAGAGCGGCAGAGAGAAGGGUAGCGUUUAAUCAGCCUUCUAUGCCGAUACCAGAGGAAUCACCUUCUUGGCAAUUGGAACAAGCUAAAAAACGUAAAUUCGCCGAAGGACCUAAACCUUCAUUACCUACACCGCCACCACCUGCACCAGUCGUCGAACCUGGAAAAGAUGAAAGUAACGUAGGUAAUCAGCUUCUAGCAAAAAUGGGCUGGAAAGCAGGCACAGGUCUAGGUAGAGAAUCAGAAGGUAGAGUCGAUCCUAUCCUCGUUCAGCAAUUUGAGAAUAGGGCUGGAUUAGGAGCGAGUAAAGGUGUCGAGGCUGGAAGAUGGCAAGGUCCAGGUGGAUUCCAGCAGAGAGCAUUAGAUAUGGCUAAAGAAAGAUACAACAAUAAUACUUCUGCGCCAUCAGACGAUAAUGCAAAAUGA